AUGGGCUUAGCAGGGCCGCGAAAGAAGACCAAGAUCUCCAAUGAUCCGAACAACACCAACUGGACCCGCUCCACAUCGGGGUUCGGCCAUCGGAUAAUGAGUUCUCAGGGAUGGAAGCCUGGAAGUCUUCUGGGAGCACGAGAUGCCGCCCACGCCGAUAUGCUGACCGCCGCCAGCGCUUCCCAUAUCAAAGUCACACUUAAGGACGACACUCUUGGGCUGGGCGCUCGCAUUGGACGCGACCCUAUGGAGCCUACAGGUCUCGAUGCCUUCAAGGGCCUACUCGGUCGACUGAACGGGAAAAGUGAUGUGGAACUGAAGAAGGAGGAACGAAAGCGGGACGACGUCAGACUGGCUCGGUAUGCCGCCCUCAAGUUCCCAGAGGUCCGAUUCGUCAGUGGAGGACUAUUGGCGCAGGAGCAGAAGCCUGAGAUCGCUCCACCGAUCCCGAAGGAGGAUGCCCCCAUACAAUCCAACGCAGACAAAGAAUCUACCUCAAGCGAGUCGGAUGCUCCAGCGCGCAAGUCUAAAAAAUCCAAAUCCAAGUCCAAACCUAAGUCCAAAUCCAAGAAAGACCGCUCCGGGGCAGAGGAAACGGAUCGCACAGAAUCGAGUUCGGAGUCGAAAAAGGAGAAGAAAGAGAAGAAAAAGUCCAAGAAAAGAAAGGCCGACGGUGAGCCGAUUGAGACUUCUACUCAAGCGGCACCAGAAGUUAAAGCGACACCAACAAUAUCAGGGGAGAGGCGGCCUAUCGGGCGGAAUGUCUUCCGGUCACGUUAUAUUGCCCAGAAAAAGAAGGCCUUGAUGGACGACAAGUCUCUCAACGAGAUCUUCAUGAUUAAAGCGUAG